GGCCGCCUGGUCGGAGGAAAACCCGGAUCGCUCUGGCCGCCGAGGCAGCGUGUGCGCGGGAGGUGCCGCAGCCGCAGACUCCGGGCCGGCCGGGUCGCGCAGACUGGCGCGGUUGCGCGCCACAGGCCCGCACGGUCCCCGCCCGGGUGCGGGAUGGCGGCCAGCCUAUGGAUGGGAGACCUGGAACCCUACAUGGAUGAGAACUUCAUCUCUAGAGCCUUUGCCACCAUGGGGGAGACCGUGAUGAGCGUCAAAAUUAUCCGAAACCGUCUCACUGGAAUCCCAGCUGGCUACUGCUUUGUGGAAUUCGCAGAUUUGGCCACUGCCGAGAAGUGUCUGCAUAAAAUUAAUGGGAAACCCCUUCCGGGAGCCACACCUGCAAAACGUUUUAAACUGAAUUAUGCCACCUAUGGGAAACAACCAGACAAUAGCCCUGAGUACUCCCUGUUUGUGGGGGACCUGACCCCAGAUGUGGACGAUGGCAUGCUGUAUGAGUUCUUCGUCAAAGUCUACCCCUCCUGCCGGGGAGGCAAGGUGGUUUUGGACCAGACAGGCGUGUCUAAGGGCUAUGGUUUUGUGAAAUUCACAGAUGAGUUGGAACAGAAGCGAGCCUUGACGGAGUGCCAGGGAGCAGUGGGACUGGGGUGUAAACCCGUGCGGCUGAGUGUGGCCAUCCCUAAAGCGAGCCGGGUAAAGCCAGUGGAGUACAGCCAGAUGUACAGUUACAGCUACAACCAGUAUUACCAGCAGUACCAGAACUACUAUGCCCAGUGGGGCUAUGACCAGAACACAGGCAGCUACAGCUACAGCUACCCUCAGUAUGGCUACACCCAGAGCACCAUGCAGACGUAUGAAGAGGUUGGGGAUGACGCUCUGGAAGACCCAGCGCCUCAGCUGGAUGUGACUGAAGCCAACAAGGAGUUCAUGGAACAGAGUGAGGAACUGUAUGAUGCGCUGAUGGACUGUCACUGGCAGCCCCUGGACACUGUGUCUUCAGAGAUCCCAGCUAUGAUGUAGGCAGGACAUGAUGGCAGAGACAGCAAUGAUCCGUUUUCUAUUGCGAAGCUUUUAUCUUUUUGAAAGUGAUUUAUGUUUUAAUAAACUGUUUCCUUGAAA